AUGGGUUAAACAAUUUAUUCACUGAUUAGAGCUCAUAAAUUCACUUCAUUUAAAUUAAAUAACUAUUCUCACUAAACAUCAAGAUGAAAGUUGUUUAUAUCAUUCGAAAAUUAACAGUUAACUUUAUUUUUCAAUUAUUUGUUAAUUCCAUAACACUAUGUGCUACAUACGGACAGAUUCAAAUGGAGUUAACCGAUUCGAAUGGAAUGAAUUCUGGGAUGGGAUAUACUAAUGUCGUGCCUAGUGAUUCUAUCCAAGCCACUCAAAUAAGUCCAAAUUCAAUAGCUGUAUCUGAUUCAUCUCAAGUAUCAACACCCGUUCAAAGUACAGUUUCUGUAGGUACAGAAAAUACAGGGGGUGAAGAUUUUAAUGCUGGAGCUCGAAACUCAAAUAUCCAGCCAGCAUCUUCAGUUGUUGGAAUCUUCCCAUCAUAUCGCCCGCAAUAUGGAUUUCCAGGUUAUUUUCCUACUGUUUCCCCAGGGAAAGGAAUUGUACCCGGUAUCAGCUCACCAUCAGACAACAUAAUUGUUGCUUCUUUCCCUGGGAGUACUCCAUCUGUCUUACAGCCAGGCAAUGCUGGAUUUCCAGGUGGAGUUUUACCAGCUACACCAGCAGUAAAAUCAGGGUCUUCAGUUUCUCCAACUGCUACACUUACUCAGCAAACUGUAGAAUCUGUUUUGUCAUACCUAGCCUUACAUCAUCCGGAAAUAUUUCGUAAAUAUUUAUAUCCUAAGCCCUAUCCAAGACCAUACAUCGGUAGUUAUGUUCCAAGAUGGUUGAGAGAAAUUCCACCUCCGUACAAAUAUGGUGAUGGAGUUAACCAGCCUUAUGGGGACGCCUAUCAACCUGAUCCUUACGAUUACUAUGAUCCAGUUGAUUCAGACCUACACUAUUGGACAAGAAGAAAGAAACCAUUGAGUGUGCUAAGACGUAGAAGACGAUACAAUCUAUAUAGACGUUUUACCUAAAUACAAAUUCAGUAGUACUUUUUGAGCGUAUACUUUAAAAUAUGUGCACAAUAGAACCGCUGUAUUCAGUGUACUCGCUACUCUUUGCGUUACUGCAGUUGACUUGUUUUGUUUUCUUCCCCUCAUGGCUAUAAUUGCUUUUAUGUUUACCCGAACUGUUCGUUCUGUUUGGUGUCUGUGAAUAUGUGUUCUGUCUUUUAAUUCUUGUUGGAAAGUGUAAAAUUUGUUGGUUCUUUUUGCACUUCUAUUUAUCAAGUUGGUCAGGUGAGUAUCUAAAUUUUAGUAGUCGUUCCUUUUGCCCAAGCCAUUAAUUUCUAAAGUGAAACACCCUGGUGGCUCAAAGUCUGUUAUUCAAACUGAUGAUAGCGUUAGUAUAUUGUUCCAGUAACUUUCAGACGUGUCAUAUUCUAUGAUAAGUUUUAAUAGGUUUUAACUCGGCAUUAGACCCGGAAACUCCAUUUUUAUGUUAGAAUUUCGUUGCCAAGUUCG